AUGCAACAGGUUCCAGAAGCUGGGCAGUACUUCCAUGUUGCGGACUGGUCGACUGAGCCAGGAAGAGGAGAGCCCGGAUACGACAAACUCUUCAAGGUGCGACCUGUAAUGGAGAGCGUCAGCCGGACAUUUCAGGACAUCAACAUGCUCAACAAGGAGGUCUCCAUUGACGAGGCCAUGAAUGCGUUUACCGGCCGCCUCAGCUUUAGACAGUAUAUGCCCGCCAAGCCAAAUAAGAGUGGAAUCAAGAUGUGGAUGCUUUGCGAUGCCAGGAGAGCCUUCUUUGCUCGUUUUGAGGUAAACCUGGGGAGACAAAAUAACCAGACGGAACACGGACUUGGCGACAACGUUGUGAUGAGGCUAGUGGACCACAUAUACCACUCCUUCCGCUGGUUGAUCUUCGACAACUUCUUCACAGUUAUACCUCUCAUGAAGGAACUCCUGGAGAAGGGCCUCUACGCCUGCGGGACUGUCAGGGUCAACAGGAAGGGAUUCCCCAGCCAGUUGAAGAAACCAGCAGAGGUACGACAGCGCAGAGACUUCAAGAUCAUGCAGAUGGACGACACCAACCUGACUGCCACAGUAUGGAAGGACACGCGACUUGUUCACCACUUGGUCACGUUGAGCGACCCUACCAUCAUUUUACCUGUACAGCGACGAUGUGGAGUCAACGUCCUGCAGCUACAGUCGCCACACAGUGUGAACGUCUACAACAUGUAUAUGGGUGGUGUCGACCUGCAUGAUCAGAACCGCGCUAAGAAUGACGUUGGGAGCUGUUCCAAGAACUACUGGCGAUACCUCUUCUGA